CUGUUGUCUGUCCCUCUCCUUUGACGUCACAGAGUGCGCCACGUCAUCGGGCGCAUCGUCAUCACCAUCAACAUCCAACAUGGCGGCGUCUGUCAGGGAGAAGCAGACAGUCGCUUUAAAGCGGAUGCUAAACUUCAAUGCUCCUCCUCUGAAGAACACAACAGCCGAGCCAGUGUGGAAGGUGUUGAUCUUUGAUCGGUUUGGACAGGACAUCAUCUCCCCUCUGUUAUCUGUCAAAGAGCUGAGAGACAUGGGCAUCACUCUGCACCUUCUGCUUCACUCAGACAGAGACCCUAUUCCAGAUGUACCAGCCAUCUACUUUGUCAUGCCCACAGAGGAGAACAUUGACAGGAUAUGCCAGGACCUGAGGAACCAGCUGUAUGAGUCUUAUUACCUGAACUUCAUCUCAGCCAUCAGCAGAAGUAAGCUGGAGGACAUUGCCAGCGCAGCACUGGCUUCAAAUGCAGUCAGCCAAGUUACCAAGGUGUUUGACCAGUACUUGAACUUCAUCACUCUGGAAGACGACAUGUUUAUUCUGUGUCACCAGAACAAGGAGCUCAUCUCCUACCAUGCCAUCAACAAAGCAGACAUCCUGGACACAGACAUGGAGGCCAUCAUGGACACCAUUGUUGAUAGUCUCUUCUGCUUCUUCGUCACUCUAGGUGCGGUGCCGAUCAUACGCUGUCCUCGAGGAAAUGCUGCUGAGAUGGUCGCUGGGAAAUUGAACAAAAAGCUGCGUGAGAACCUGCGUGAUGCCAGAAACAGCCUCUUUACUGGAGACAACAUGACGGCUGGACAGUUUAGUUUCCAGAGACCUCUAUUUGUUCUGGCAGAUCGUAAUGUGGACAUGGCCACGCCCCUUCAUCAUUCCUGGACCUAUCAGGCACUGAUUCAUGACGUCCUGGACUACCAUCUGAACAGGGUAGUGAUGGAGGAGGGUGCAGGGCCGGACUCACCGCCAGCCGGAGCCAGACCGAAGAAAAAGAACAGGAAGACAUUUGACCUGACCGCCGCGGACAGGUUCUGGCAGAAACACAAGGGCAGUCCUUUUCCAGAGGUAGCAGAGUCGGUACAGGAAGAAGUAGAAACUUACAAAGCCCAGGAGGACGAGGUGAAAAGACUGAAGACUAUCAUGGGUUUGGAGGGAGAAGAUGAUGGAGCCAUCAGCAUGCUGUCAGACACCACAGCCAAGCUCACCUCUGCUGUCAGUUCUUUGCCAGACAUGCUGGAGAAGAAGAGGCUGAUUGAUCUGCACACCACUGUCCUCACUGCCGUCAUCGACCACAUCAGGACCCGUAAACUGGACGUUUACUUUGAAAAUGAAGAGAAAUUGAUGAGCAAAUCUACUUUAGACAAAUCUCUGUUGGACAUCAUCACUGACCCAGAUGCUGGGACACCAGAGGACAAAAUGAGACUGUUCCUCAUCUUCUACAUCACAGCUCAGCAGGCACCUUCAGAGUCCGACCUGGAUCAGUAUAAGAAGGCCUUACUGGAUGCAGGCUGUGACCUUUCACCUCUGAACUACAUUAAACAGUGGAAGGCCUUCACCAAGAUGGCCGCCACACCAGCAAACUAUGGCAACAGUGGAGUCAAACCAAUGGGCCUCCUCUCCAGAGUGAUGAACACUGGUUCUCAGUUUGUGAUGGAGGGAGUUAAGAACCUAGUUCUGAAACAGCACAACCUGCCAAUCACACGUAUCCUGGACAACCUGAUGGAGAUGAAGUCUCACCCUGAAACUGACGAUUAUCUGUACUUUGACCCGAAGAUGCUGCGAGGCAGUGAGAGUUCUAUUCCCAGGAACAAGAACCCGUUUCAGGAGGCCGUGGUCUUUGUGGUGGGAGGAGGAAACUACAUUGAAUACCAGAACAUGGCCGACUACGCAAAGUCCAAACAGGGGAAGAAGGUCAUUUAUGGCUGUAGUGAACUCUUCAAUGCCACUCAGUUCAUCAAACAGCUUUCACAGCUGGGCCAAAAGUGAUGACAACAACAACAACAUGUGAACUCUCUCUCUCGCUCUCUCUCUCUCUCUCUCUAAAGCUACUGCUCGGGUUCUCUUUCUCUCUCAUCAUUUUAUAAAAAGUGUAAAUUUAAUAAUGUCUUUGUUGUUUCUGUCUGUCUUCCUCAAAGUACUAAUAAAGUCUCAGUCUUA